AACAGCCAUCAAUUGGGCUCCCUUUAGCAGAUCCGACCCAAAAGUGGCCCAAUCUUACAGCUAUCCUACAAUUUGAGCUUUCCAAAACCCCCCCGACGGCUCGACCUCCGCACUCAUCUUCCUCUGAUUUAUUAGGGUUUCUAACAUCUGAAUAAUUUUCCCAAAACUCGACAUCUCAGAGCUCCACUUUUGUUCAAUCGAAUUUCCGGUAAACGAAAGCAAAGAUGAGGCCGAUAUUGAUGAAAGGGCACGAGAGGCCACUCACUUUUCUCAAGUAUAACAGGGAUGGUGACCUUCUCUUCUCUUGCGCCAAAGAUCACACUCCUACUGUGUGGUUCGCAGACAACGGCGAACGAUUGGGCACAUAUCGUGGUCACAAUGGUGCCGUAUGGUGCUGCGAUGUUUCGAGAGAUUCAACACGAUUGAUUACCGGGAGUGCCGAUCAAUCAGCCAAACUUUGGGAUGUUCAGACCGGAACACAGCUUUUCACAUUCAAUUUCGAUUCCCCUGCUAGAGCUGUAGAUUUUUCCGUUGGUGAUAAGCUUGCUGUUAUCACCACCGACCCUUUUAUGGGAUUAACUUCUGCUAUCCACGUUAAACGCAUUUCUUCUGAUCCUGCUGACCAGGUUGGUGAAUCUGUACUCGUACUUAAGGGUCCUCAAGGUAGGAUCAAUAGAGCUGUUUGGGGACCUCUGAACAAGACAAUCAUUAGUGCUGGUGAAGAUGCUGUGGUUCGAAUUUGGGAUACAGAGACAGGAAAACUGCUGCAAGAAAAUGACAAGGAUAUUGGUCACAAAAAGACAAUUACUUCACUUGCAAAAUCUACUGAUGGUUCACAUUUUCUCACUGGAUCCCUUGAUAAGUCAGCUAAGCUUUGGGACAGCAGAUCAUUGACAUUGAUCAAGACAUAUGUUACUGAACGUCCAGUCAAUGCAGUUGCAAUGUCUCCACUGCUUAACCAUGUGGUGCUUGGAGGUGGUCAGGAUGCAUCUGCUGUUACCACAACUGAUCAUCGUGCUGGUAAAUUUGAAGCCAAAUUUUAUGACAAGGUUCUACAAGAAGAGAUUGGAGGGGUUAAAGGGCAUUUUGGUCCAAUAAAUGCUUUGGCUUUCAAUCCUGAUGGGAAAAGUUUUUCAAGUGGUGGUGAAGAUGGUUAUGUGAGGCUGCAUCACUUUGAUCCUGACUACUUCAAGAUUCCAUCAAUUUGAUAAAAAAAAAAAAAGAAAUAUCAAGAUUUGCUUUUAAAUCAUUAAAAACAUCUUUGGGUUUUGUAGUAGAGUUGAGAUUGUGGUGAGGUAUGUUAUCACUUGGAUGUAAUUCGAGCAAGAGUAUUAUUGAAAGAUUAUUUGGAUUUGAUUCAGUUUUGAGGAUAUGCAUAUUUUAGAAGGGGCUAUUAUAUCAUUAAAAAAACCCGGCCCAUCUGGUUCUAGAAGGUCCGGAUACAAAGAUUCCGGAUCUUAUCUGAUAAAUGUGGCAUCUGAUUGUAUAAAAAUUUUCGUUCUUUGAAAUCAGACAAAAUUAACAGAUAAGAUUUCAGAAGAAGGUACUAAGUUCGGAUGCUCAUUCCUACUUGAAAUGGGGAUAGAGAAUGGAGGCUAUAAAUAAUUCAAAGAGAUUUACUUCUAGUACGUAAAGAAUGUAAUACAAAUAUUUUGAUCAAAUGCAAAUGAGAUGG